AUGGCUGCUACACAGGGUGCUAUUUCUAAGCGUCGCAAGUUCGUCGCUGACGGCGUUUUCUACGCCGAAUUGAACGAGUUCUUCCAGCGCGAACUUGCUGAGGAGGGUUACUCUGGCGUCGAAGUCCGUGUCACUCCCACUGUGACCGAUAUCAUUAUUCGCGCCACCCACACCCAAGAGGUUCUUGGUGAACAAGGUCGCCGCAUCCGUGAGCUCACCUCCCUCAUUCAGAAGCGAUUCAAGUUCCCCGAGAACUCCGUCUCUCUCUAUGCCGCCAAGGUCCAGAACCGUGGUCUUUCCGCCGUCGCUCAGUGCGAGUCCCUCCGCUACAAGCUCCUCAACGGUCUUGCUGUCCGAAGAGCCUGCUAUGGUGUCCUCCGUUUCAUCAUGGAGAGCGGUGCUAAGGGUUGCGAGGUUGUCGUUUCUGGCAAGCUCCGUGCUGCUCGUGCCAAGUCUAUGAAGUUCACUGACGGUUUCAUGAUCCACUCCGGUCAACCCGCCAAAGAAUUCAUUGACAGCGCCACCCGUCACGUCCUCCUCCGCCAAGGCGUCCUCGGUAUCAAGGUCAAGAUCAUGCGCGGAUCCGACCCCGAGGGCAAGUCUGGCCCUCAAAAGACCCUCCCCGACGCCGUCACCAUCAUUGAGCCCAAGGAAGAACAACCCAUCCUCCAGCCCGUCAGCCAGGACUACGGUGCCAAGGCUCUCGCUGCCCAGCAACUCGCUGAACAGCAACGAUUGGCAGAGCAGCAGGAGGCUGAAGGUCAAGAAGGUGCUGCACCAGCGGAAUACGCUCAGGAGUAAAUUAGUUAAUUCUCUCUUUUCGUGUUGUUUGGUGUUUGUCUCCUUUUCUUUGUUUCCUUAACGAAUUUAUUUUCGUCAUGUUCUCAUAUGAGGGCUCCGCAUGUCGUAUCAUGUCUUUUUCUUGGCUUCUGCCUCCUCGAAUGCCCGACAUAAAAUGACUCCCCUAUCACUCACUCUUCGAUUACCUAUAUCCUUAGAUACAAAAAAGUUUGAGAAAAUGACAUGAAUGACCAACCAACUUUUAUAUG